AUGACUAUCACUGGCAAUGAUUCUAUUGGUAUUCUGGAGCUCAAGCGGUUUCUUAGUCAGCAUUUUGAGAUGAAGGAUCUUGGCACUCUCAGCUAUUUUCUUGGCCCUGAGAUUUCUUCUUCUUCUGAUGGUUACUAUUUGACACAGGCCGAGUAUAUCUCUGAUCUGCUUUCACGGGCCAAUCUCAUAGACUAUAAGACUGUCGACACACCGACUGAGCUCAAUGUUCGUCUUAAUCUACAUGAUGGCGAGCCUCUUCAUGAUUCCACUCUCUAUAGGCAUUUGGUUGGUAGCCUUGUCUAUCUUACUAUUACUAGGCCUGAUAUCUCAUAUGAUGUCUAUCAGGUGAGUCAGUUUAUAGCUGCUCCCCGUUCUACUCACUUUUUUGCUGUCCUUCGCAUCCUUCGCUACCUCAAAGGGAUAUUAUUUUAUGGGCUCCAGUACUUCUCCUCUCAGUCCCCUCUUGAGUUACAUGCUUAUACUGAUGCAAAUUGGGCAGGUGAUCCUAUAGACCGUUGCUCCACCACCGGUUAUUCUUUCCUACUUGGCACCUCUCUUAUUUCUUGGCGCAGUAAGAAACAAUCUGUUGUUGCUCGCUCUAGCACUGAGGCAGAAUAUCGUGCUUUAGCUGAGACCACCUCCGAGCUCUUUUGGCUGCGAUGA